AUGUACCAGCCCAGCCGGGGGGCGGCCCGGCGUCUCGGCCCCUGCCUCCGCGCCUAUCAGGCUCGUCCCCAGGACCAGUCUUCUCCAUGGGCUCUACCAUUCCCACCCCUUUGGCCUCACUCCACAACAACCACUUCUCCAUCUUUGCCUCUUUUCUGGUCUCCCCCACCCCCAAGCCCUCCCACCCGACUGCUUCCCCCAGCUCCCCCACUACCUCUCCCUCAGGUCCAAGCCCUCACCUCACCAUGGGUGGUUCUCCCCCCAGGAAAGGGGGAGGAGGGACCAGGACCUGAGUUACAUAGCGGUUGCCUGGAUGGGCUCAGGAGCCUGUUUGAGGGACCUCCCUGCCCCUGUCCUGGAGCUCUGAUACCUUUCCAAGCCCCUGGAACCGCCCACCCUUCCCCUGCCACUCCGUCAGGAGAUCCAAGUAUGGAGGAGCACCUGGCUGUCAUGUAUGAGAGACUGAGACAAGAGCUUCCCAAUCUCUUCCUUCACUCCCACGACUACACUCUCUACUCAUCGGAUGUGGAAUUCAUCAAUGAGAUCCUGAACAUGCGUACCAAAGGCCGGACAUGGUACAUUCUGUCACUGACUCUCUGCCGCUUCCUGGCUUGGAACUAUUUUGCACAGCUUCGGCUGGAAAUUCUGCAGCUGACACGCCACCCUGAGAAUUGGACCUUGCAAGCCCGCUGGCGGCUUGUGGGACUGCCCAUCCACCUGCUCUUUCUUCGUUUUUAUAAGCGUGACAAGGAGGAGCUUUACCGGACCUAUGAUGCCUAUUCCACCUUCUACCUGAAUUCCAACGGCCUCAUUUGUCGCCAUCGCCUAGACAAACUGAUGCCUUCACAUUCACCCCCCGCACCUGUGAAGAAGCUGUUAGUGGGAGCCCUGGUGGCUCUGGGGCUAUCGGAACCAGAACCCAACUUACACCUGUGUUCCGAGGACUGA